UUUUUUGUUUGUUUAUUUUUAGUUUAGCUAAAUAUGGUAUGUCUAGAUUUUUUAAGAAAAAUGAUCAGGCUUCAUCGGGAGACGCUGUUGCGUUAGGCUACAAAACAAAAACUCAAAAUGAAGCUGAAUUACAAGAACGAAUAUCACUAGCUAAUUUUCAAAAGCUUGUAAAUCACACUUACGAAAUGUUAGCAUUAUGGAAAAUACUUUGUGAUCACCAAUUUCAUGCCAUUCUGAACUAUCUUACCCCGAUGCAACUUGAUCUGUUAAGACUGCUUACAUUUAAAGAUUUCGUCAUAGAUGGAAGAGAG